UGGAAAUGGUCACCGAAUGCGAAUGCAGCCCACAGUUGCUGGGGUUUUGAGUUUUCUCUGACACCAGCCAGCCAGCAGAUGGGGAGGCCUGGUGAGGGGCGUGAGAGCGCAGAGCCUGGGAGCUCAGGUGCCUCUGGAUGAGUUGUCCACGUUAGCGUCCCCUCAGGAGCCCUGGACAGAGCGCUGAGGACAAGCCUGGGCCCCCAGGCUGUGGCACUUGCCAGCUGUGAUGGGAAACACAGCUCUCUGCACCUCCUGCCACUCAGAAAAGAGCGUCAGAGCCCAGGGACACAUGCAGGAGCUGGACAAAACUCCAGAGGACUACGGUGGUGAUGGCGAGGACACCAGAGAACCAGGGGCUCCGUCUGACAGCAAUGCAAGCUUUCUCCGAGCUGCCAGAGCAGGCAACCUGGACAAAGUCGUGGAAUACCUGAAAGGGGGCAUCGACAUCAAUACCUGCAACCAGAAUGGACUCAACGCACUCCAUCUGGCUGCCAAGGAGGGCCAUGUGGGCCUCGUGCAGGAGCUGCUGGGAAGAGGCUCUGCCGUGGAUUCUGCCACCAAGAAGGGAAACACUGCCCUUCAUAUUGCGUCCUUGGCUGGACAAGCAGAAGUUGUCAAAGUCCUCGUUAAGGAAGGAGCCAACAUUAAUGCCCAGUCUCAGAAUGGCUUCACUCCUUUAUACAUGGCAGCCCAGGAGAACCACAUCGAUGUUGUAAAAUAUUUGUUGGAAAAUGGCGCUAAUCAGAGCACUGCUACUGAGGAUGGCUUCACGCCCCUCGCUGUAGCGCUCCAGCAAGGCCACAACCAGGCGGUGGCCAUCCUCCUGGAGAAUGACACCAAAGGCAAAGUUAGGCUGCCAGCUCUGCACAUUGCAGCUCGGAAAGAUGACACCAAGUCUGCUGCUCUCCUGCUUCAGAAUGAUCACAACGCCGAUGUCCAAUCCAAGAUGAUGGUGAAUAGGACGACUGAGAGCGGCUUCACUCCUUUGCACAUAGCUGCGCACUAUGGAAAUGUCAAUGUGGCUACUCUUCUCCUCAACCGCGGAGCUGCUGUGGACUUCACCGCCAGGAAUGGAAUCACUCCUCUGCAUGUGGCUUCAAAAAGAGGUAACACAAAUAUGGUGAAGCUCUUACUGGACUGGGGUGGUCAGAUCGACGCCAAGACCAGGGAUGGGUUGACGCCCCUUCACUGUGCUGCACGAAGCGGGCAUGACCAGGUGGUGGAGCUUCUCCUGGAACGGGGUGCCCCCCUAUUGGCGCGGACUAAGAACGGGUUGUCCCCGCUCCACAUGGCUGCACAGGGGGAUCACGUGGAAUGUGUGAAACACUUGCUACAGCACAAGGCACCUGUUGAUGAUGUCACCCUAGACUAUCUGACGGCCCUCCACGUUGCUGCACACUGUGGUCACUACCGCGUCACCAAACUCCUUCUGGACAAGAGAGCCAACCCAAACGCCAGAGCCCUGAAUGGUUUUACUCCACUGCACAUUGCCUGCAAGAAAAACCGCAUCAAAGUCAUGGAACUGCUGGUGAAAUAUGGGGCUUCAAUCCAAGCUAUCACAGAGUCUGGCCUCACACCAAUACAUGUGGCUGCCUUCAUGGGCCACUUGAACAUUGUCCUCCUUCUGCUGCAGAACGGAGCCUCUCCAGAUGUCACUAACAUUCGUGGGGAGACGGCCCUGCACAUGGCAGCCCGGGCAGGCCAAGUGGAAGUGGUCCGGUGCCUCCUGAGAAACGGUGCCCUUGUCGAUGCCAGAGCCAGGGAGGAACAGACACCUUUACAUAUUGCCUCCCGCUUGGGUAAGACAGAAAUUGUCCAGCUGCUUCUACAGCACAUGGCUCAUCCGGACGCAGCCACCACCAACGGCUACACGCCCUUGCACAUCUCUGCCCGGGAAGGCCAGGUGGACGUGGCAUCGGUGCUCUUGGAAGCAGGCGCGGCGCACUCCUUAGCUACCAAGAAGGGUUUUACCCCUCUUCAUGUAGCAGCCAAGUAUGGAAGCCUGGACGUGGCAAAACUUCUCUUGCAACGCCGUGCUGCCGCAGACUCUGCUGGGAAGAAUGGCCUUACCCCGCUCCAUGUUGCUGCUCACUAUGACAACCAGAAGGUGGCGCUGCUGUUACUGGAGAAGGGUGCUUCCCCUCACGCCAUUGCCAAGAAUGGUUACACUCCUUUACAUAUUGCUGCCAAGAAGAACCAAAUGCAGAUUGCUUCCACUCUCCUCAACUAUGGAGCUGAGACGAACAUUGUGACAAAGCAAGGUGUGACUCCACUUCACCUGGCCUCACAGGAGGGGCACACGGACAUGGUCACCUUGCUGCUAGACAAGGGAGCUAACAUCCACAUGUCAACCAAGAGUGGACUCACAUCCUUACACCUCGCAGCCCAAGAAGAUAAAGUCAAUGUUGCUGACAUUCUCACCAAGCAUGGGGCUGACCAGGAUGCACAUACAAAGCUUGGUUACACUCCUUUAAUUGUGGCCUGUCACUAUGGAAAUGUGAAAAUGGUCAACUUUCUGCUGAAGCAAGGAGCCAAUGUUAAUGCAAAAACCAAGAAUGGCUACACACCUUUGCACCAGGCUGCCCAGCAGGGCCACACACACAUCAUCAAUGUCCUGCUUCAACAUGGAGCCAAGCCCAACGCCACCACCGCGAAUGGUAACACCGCCUUGGCCAUCGCGAAGCGGCUGGGCUACAUCUCUGUGGUCGACACACUGAAGGUUGUGACUGAAGAGGUCACCACCACCACGACGACUAUCACGGAAAAACACAAGCUGAAUGUUCCUGAGACGAUGACGGAGGUCCUUGAUGUUUCUGAUGAAGAGGGGGAUGACACAAUGACAGGUGAUGGGGGAGAAUACCUUAGACCCGAGGAUCUCAAGGAACUGGGCGAUGACUCACUACCCAGCAGUCAGUUCUUGGAUGGAAUGAAUUAUCUGCGGUAUAGCUUGGAGGGAGGACGAUCCGACAGUACCAUGCCCAGUUCCGACAGGUCUCACACCCUGAGCCAUGCAUCCUACCUGAGGGACGGCGCCAUGAUGGACGAUGCCAUGGUGAUCCCCAGCCACCAGGUGUCAAGUCUAGCCAAGGAGGCAGAAAGGAAUUCUUAUCGUCUCAGCUGGGGCACUGAGAACUUGGACAACGUGGCUCUUUCUUCCAGCCCUAUUCAUUCAGGCUUCCUGGUUAGUUUUAUGGUGGAUGCCCGAGGGGGUGCUAUGCGAGGGUGCAGACACAAUGGGCUUCGAAUCAUUAUCCCACCUCGGAAAUGCACAGCACCCACACGAGUCACCUGCCGACUGGUCAAACGCCAUCGACUGGCGACAAUGCCCCCAAUGGUGGAAGGAGAAGGCCUCGCCAGUCGCCUGAUCGAAGUCGGACCUUCUGGUGCUCAGUUCCUUGGUAAACUUCACCUGCCAACGGCUCCUCCCCCACUUAAUGAGGGAGAAAGUUUGGUCAGCCGCAUCCUUCAGCUGGGGCCUCCUGGAACCAAAUUCCUUGGGCCUGUCAUCGUGGAGAUCCCUCACUUCGCGGCCCUCCGAGGAAAGGAAAGGGAGCUGGUGGUCCUGCGCAGUGAGAAUGGGGACAGCUGGAAGGAGCACUUCUGUGAAUACACUGAGGAUGAGCUGAACGAAAUCCUGAACGGCAUGGAUGAAGUGCUGGACAGCCCAGAAGACCUUGAAAAGAAGCGAAUAUGUCGUAUCAUCACCCGCGACUUCCCACAGUACUUUGCGGUGGUGUCACGCAUCAAACAGGACAGCAACCUGAUUGGCCCAGAGGGAGGUGUGCUGAGCAGUACCGUGGUCCCCCAAGUGCAGGCCGUCUUCCCAGAGGGUGCACUGACCAAGCGGAUCCGUGUUGGCCUGCAGGCUCAACCUAUGCACAGUGAGCUGGUGAAGAAGAUUCUAGGCAACAAAGCUACCUUCAGUCCUAUAGUCACUUUGGAACCUAGAAGAAGAAAAUUCCACAAGCCAAUUACUAUGACCAUUCCUGUCCCCAAAGCUUCAAGUGAGGUCAUGUUGAAUGGCUUUGGGGGAGAUGCACCAACCUUAAGACUGCUGUGCAGCAUAACGGGUGGCACCACCCCUGCACAAUGGGAAGACAUCACAGGAACCACACCACUCACCUUCGUCAAUGAAUGUGUUUCCUUUACAACCAAUGUGUCUGCCAGGUUCUGGCUGAUAGAUUGUCGACAGAUUCAGGAAUCUGUUACCUUUGCAUCACAAGUGUACAGAGAAAUUAUUUGUGUACCUUACAUGGCCAAAUUUGUAGUGUUUGCCAAGUCUCAUGACCCCAUCGAAGCCAGGUUGAGAUGCUUCUGCAUGACUGAUGACAAGGUGGAUAAAACCCUGGAGCAGCAAGAAAACUUUGCGGAGGUGGCCAGAAGCAGGGAUGUGGAGGUAUUAGAAGGAAAACCCAUCUAUGUUGAUUGUUUCGGCAACCUGGUGCCCUUAACUAAGAGCGGCCAACAUCAUAUCUUCAGUUUUUUUGCCUUUAAAGAAAACAGACUUCCUCUCUUUGUUAAGGUCCGCGAUACAACUCAGGAACCUUGCGGUCGACUAUCAUUUAUGAAGGAGCCAAAAUCCACAAGAGGCCUGGUGCAUCAAGCUAUUUGCAACUUAAACAUCACCUUGCCAAUUUAUACAAAGGAAUCAGAGUCAGAUCAAGAACAAGAAGAAGAGAUCGAUAUGACAUCAGAAAAAAAUGAUGAGACAGAAUCUACAGAAACAUCUGUCCUGAAAAGUCACCUCGUUAAUGAAGUUCCUGUCCUAGCAAGUCCGGACUUGCUCUCUGAAGUUUCUGAGAUGAAACAAGACUUGAUCAAAAUGACCGCCAUCUUGACCACAGAUGUGUCUGAUAAGGCAGGUUCCCUGAAAGUGAAGGAGCUGGUGAAGGUCGCUGAGGAAGAACCAGGAGAGCCCUUUGAGAUUGUUGAAAGAGUUAAAGAGGACUUAGAGAAAGUGAAUGAGAUCCUGAGAAGUGGAACAUGCACAAGAGAUGAAGGCAGCCAGCAGCGCUCUCAGGAGGAGCAAGAAGUAGAGGAGGAGGAGUGGGUUCUUGUUAGUGAGGAGGAAAUAGAGGAGGCUAAGCAGAAAGCACCUUUAGAAAUCUCUGAAUAUCCAUGCAUAGAAGUUAGACUAGAGAAGGACAGCAAAGUCAAAGCAAAGAAAGACUCCACUGGACUUGUGAAAUUUCUGGCUGAAGACCUAAAUGCAUAUGUGUCUCCCCAUGAAGAGAAGACUGGGGAGGCUAGCAAGCCUCAGGCUACUGGCAGGAGCUCCAGCAAGGAGGGGAAGGCUGCAGCCCCAGAGGAAAAACUCACCACUCAGAAGCAGAACAAACCAAGCCUGGGCAUAAAGAAGCCAGUGAGGAGAAAGUUAAAGGAAAAGCAGAAACAGAAAGAGGAAGGUUUACCAGGGAGUGAAGAAAAAGCAGAACUUAAAAAAGAUAGUUCUGAAGAGUCAUUAGAGGAAGAUACGGGUCUGGCCCCUGUUCCUCUUUCCACUGCCAAGGCCACCUCUCCUCUCAUAGAAGAGACACCCAUUGGCUCCAUAAAGGACAAAGUGAAGGCCCUGCAGAAGCGAGUGGAAGAUGAGCAGAAAGGCCGAAGCAAGUUGCCUAUCAGAGUCAAAGGCAAAGAGGAUGUGCCCAAAAAGGCCACUCCCAGGACACAUACCAUGGUGUCCCCCUCACUGAAAUCAGACAGGCAUGCUCCCACAUCACCAUCCUCUAAAACAGAAAGACACUCAUCCCUUUCCUCCUCCGCAAAAACAGAAAGGCACACUCCAGUGUCACCAUCAAGUAAAGAGAAACAUUCACCUGUAUCACCCUCUGCGAAAACUGAAAGACAUUCACCUGUGUCAGCAGCAGGUAAAUCUGAGAAACACUCACCUUUAUCACCCUCAACCAAAACUGAAAGACACUCCCCUGUGUCAUCUACAAAAUCAGAACGACACCUUCCUGUCUCACCUUCAGGCAAAACUGACAAACGCCCCCCUGUGUCACCUUCUGGGAGAACGGAGAAACAUCCUCCAGUGUCACCUGGGAGGACAGAAAAACGCUUGCCUGUUUCACCCUCUGGAAGAACAGAGAAGCAUCCACCCUCUGGGAAAAAUGACAAGCACUUGCCUGUGUCUCCAUCUGGGAAAAUGGAGAAGCAACCACCUGUGUCCCCCACUUCCAAAACAGAGAGAAUUGAGGAAACUAUGUCUGUCCGGGAGUUGAUGAAAGCUUUCCAAUCUGGUCAGGACCCAUCAAAACAUAAAACUGGACUCUUUGAGCACAAAUCAGCAAAACAAAAGCAAACACAAGAAAAAGGUAAAGCCCGAGGAGAAAAAGAAAAGGGGCAGAUAGCAAGUCAGAGAGAAAUUCAGAGAACAGAGAGUCAGACCAUCAAACGAGGUCAGAGAUUCAUAGUGACAGGGCUUUCAGAAUCCAGAAGAAGUAUUCGUUCCUCCUCCAUAGGACUUAGGAGAGAAGAGGCAGUUGGAGAAAAGGAGAAAACUCCCAACCACAAAACCCCAGAGCCUGCUCAGCCAUUGCGUGAAGAAGAAAGCCAGGGAGAGAGAGAGAUCCCUAAGGAAAAGGUGACUGAUGAACAGGGAGAAAUGGACUUGCAGAUCAGCCCAGACAGGAAAACUUCCACGGACUUUUCUGAUGUCAUUAAGCAAGAGUUAGAAGACAAUGACAAAUACCAACAGUUCUGCCUGAGUGAAGAGACUGAGAAGGCACAGGUUCACCUAGACCAAGUCCUCACCAGCCCAUUCAAUACAGCCUUCCCACUAGAUUACAUGAAGGAUGAGUUUCUCCCUGCUCUGUCUCUACAGAGCGGUGCUUUGGCUGGUAGCUCUGAAAGCCUGAAGCAGGAAGGGAUAGCAGCUUCACCAUGUGGAAGCCUGAUGGAAGGGACUCCGCAGAUUAGUUCAGAAGAAAGCUAUAAGCAUGAGGGUCUGGCAGAGACUCCUGAGACCAGCCCAGAGAGCCUUUCUUUCUCACCAAAAAAAAGUGAGGACCAAAUUGAGGAAAUAAAGGAAACUGCCAGGUUAGAAACACCUCCAGAAAUUCAUUCAGAAAAAGAACAUCCCACAACCAAAGACCUCACGGAUGGCUCUGAAGAUCAAGGUGCUCUGGUCCCUGAGGGCUCUGAGCCCUCUGCUGAGGCUUUUCAGAAGGAGGCCACCCUAGACCCUUCUAGAGACAUAUGUCCCAAACAAACAGACAAUUGUCCUGUCAGCCCUAGUGUGCCACUAGCAGAAAAAACCCCGAGGACACUGGCAAAGGAAGUGUACUCUGACAGAAGUUCAGCUCCCCAGACACAAGCUGAUAGUGAAACUCAGGAAUCCACAGCCUCCUCAGAUGAGGCAAAGCCCUCACUCCCAUCUGAAACUUCUGUAAAGUCAGACCCAGAAAGUGAAUCCAAGCCCCAAGCAGUCAUCAGGAGUCCCCAGGGUUUAGAGCUUGCACUCCCUAGCAGAGAUAGUGAGGUCCUCAGCCCCAUGGCUGAUGAGUCACUAGCAGUAAGCCACAAAGACUCUUUGGAAGCCAGCCCUGUGCUAGAAGAUAACUCCUCACACAAAACUCCUGACUCUCUGGAACCAAGUCCCCUGAAAGAAUCUCCUUGCCGGGACUCUCUUGAAAACAGCCCUGUUGAACCAAAGAUGAAGGCAGGAGUUCUACCAAGUCACUUUCCUCUUCCUGCCACAGUAGCCAAAACAGAACUCAUUACAGAAGUGGCCUCCAUGCGGUCCCGGCUACUGCGAGAUCCUGAUGGCAGUGCUGAGGAUGAUAGUCUUGAGCAGACAUCACUGAUGGAGAGCUCAGGGAAGAGCCCCCUUUCCCCUGACACCCCCAGCUCUGAAGAAGUCAGCUAUGAGGUCACACCCAAAGCGACAGAUGCAUGUACCCCCAAACCAGCUGUGAUUCACGAAUGUGCAGAGGAGGAUGACUCUGAAAAUGGGGAGAAAAAGAGGUUCACCCCUGAGGAAGAGAUGUUCAAAAUGGUAACCAAAAUUAAAACGUUUGAUGAACUUGAACAAGAAGCAAAGCAGAAAAGGGACUACAAGAAAGAGGCCAAGCAAGAGGAGUCUUUGUCAUCCUCUGAUCCAGGUGCUGACUGCUCAGUGGAUGCGGAUGAACUGAACCACAUGAAGAGUGUGGAGAGUGAAAGUGAUGUCCCUGUGUUGGUGACUUCUGAAAGUAGAAAGGCUUCUUCCUCCUCAGAAAGUGAACCUGAACUGACUCAGCUGAAGAAAGGUGCUGACUCGGGCCUCUUACCAGAACCAGUUAUUCGAGUGCAGCCUCCUUCUCCACUUCCAUCUAGCAUAGACUCCAGUUCCAGCUCUGAAGAAGUACACUUUCACCCUAUUGUUUCUAAACAGUAUACUUUCAAGAUGAAUGAAGAUACUCAGGGAGAGACAGGUAACUCAGAAGAUGGAAAAGCCAGUGAGCCCGGUUCAGAGGAAGACACUCAUCCUCUUUCCACUGAUGAACCAGAUAGGUCUUACGAUGAUCUAAGCAAAGACAACAGUCAAUUAAAAGUCUGUGAUGGCCAUGGGUGUGAGGCUGUGAGUCCUAGCAGCUUGGCCACUCCCAUCUCUUCUGGUCUCCAGAAGUUGGAUGGUGAUGAUGUUGGUGAGCAACUCAUCAACCAUAAAGAAUCAUCAGCUCCUCAAGAUACUCAUGAAGGUGAUACAGAAGGAGAAGAACUGGAUGUUUCUGGAGUGGAAUCCCUACAAGUAGAUUGCCCCAGAGAAAGCCCUUCUUCAUUGUCCUCUUUCCCUCAUUGUCCAGGAUCUGAAGAAAAGGAAUUAGAUAAUGACAGAUCUUCUGUAUCUCCCACUACAAAAAUGGAGGAAACCAACAAUGACCCAACUUUGGAGAGCUUAGCAAAGGAUUGCUCUACUGAAGAUUCAUAUAUUAUGACUGAAACAGACAGGUUACCCAUGGACAUGACACAGUCAGACCUAGUGGAGACUGAUGAAAUCUGUGAGCCUCAUAUCACAAGCCCUUAUGAAAACGUUCCUUCUCAACCUUUUUUCUCUAGUGAAGAAAGCGAAACCCAAAUAGAUGCUAGUCAUACCGUAAGUCUUCACUCUUCUAAAGUGCAUUCUGUUACCAUCACAUCCUCUGUAGCAGAGGUAGCCGUGACAAGCUCCUCUAGUGGAACUGUUUCAAGCAAAGAAUCUAAUUCUGACAGCGAGAACCUUCGAGUAGAAUCCAAACCAGAAAGUGCAGUGUGGGAAAUGCAGUCAGACAGCUCCUCCUCCUUUCCCCAGCCCACUACGGCAAAUACACCAGCAGUCAUUGGGGAACAAAUAAGCAAAGUCAUCAUCACAAAAACUGAUGUGGACUCAGAUUCCUGGAGUGAAAUUCGUGAAGAUGAUGAAGCCUUUGAGGCUCGGGUAAAAGAGGAAGAGCAGAAGAUAUUUGGCUUGAUGGUAGACAGACAAUCACAGGGUACCACCCCUGACACUACUCCUGCUAGGACCCCAACAGAAGAGGGGACCCCAACAAGUGAGCAAAAUCCAUUUCUCUUUCAGGAAGGAAAACUAUUUGAGAUGACCCGAAGUGGUGCCAUUGAUAUGACCAAAAGGUCCUACGCAGAUGAAAGCUUUCACUUUUUCCAAGUUGGUCAGGAAUCCAGGGAAGAGACUUUAUCUGAAGACCUGAAAGAGGAGACCCCAGGGGCUGAACCACAGUCGGAGACGACAGCUGAGUCACUAGCACAUUCAGAAUCAAAAGAAAUGGUGGAUGAUGAAGCAGAAUUACUUCCAGAUGACCUAAGUGAAGAUACAGAGGAAAUACUCACUUCAGAUACUCAUGUUGAUGCCCAAAUGGAGAUUUCAGCUUCUCCUGAAAUGGCUACACAAGAGGCUACUGCUACAGGGGCUGAGGACCUUCCUAUGCAAAUGACUAACACACCUUCCCUUUCUAGUAGAAAGCAGGUACCUUGCCCUGACUCCCCUGAACCAGUUAUGCAAGUUCAGUUAGACUUUUCCACGGUCACCAGGUCUAUAUAUUCAGAGCGUGAUGAGGAGUCUCCUGAUUCUUCCCCUGAGGAAGAGAAAUCAGUGAUUGAAAUCCCUACUGCACCCAUGGAGAAUGUGCCUUCUACUGAAAGCAAAUCCAAAAUCCUUGUAAGAACUAUCCCCACUUCAUCCACUACCCAUUCAUCUAUAGAGGAUGAGUGUGCAUUUUCUGAAGAUUUUCCAUCCAGUCUGGAUGAAGAAAGUAAGGAAGAGGAUGCAAAACCAAAGUCUAAAAGCCCCAUCAAAGCAUCCAUCCAAAGAGUUGAAGAGCAGCUUUUACUUCUAGACUCAUCUCUCCGUAGGACAAGGGCACCUCAGGGACAGGGUGUGACAAGCAGAGCUCCAGACAGUAGAAGUAAAUCUGAAUCUGAUGCUAGUCCUUUGGACUCCAAGAUCAAAUGCCCAGGGAAAGCCAGAAGUUACAUUGAGACAGAGGCAGAGAGCAGAGAGAGGGCAGUGGAACUAGAGUCAGAAUCAGAGGAAGGGGACACAAGACCAAAGAUAUUUGCAUCCCAAUUAAUAGUUAAGAGCAGAAGCGCCACAUCUUCCUGCAAGGGGGUCAUGAGUCCCACAAAAGAAAGUAAGGAGCAUUUCUUUGACCUCUACAGAAACUCCAUAGAAUUCUUUGAGGAAAUUAGUGAUGAGGCUUCUAAGCUAGUGGACAGACUUACACAGUCAGAGAGGGAACAGGAAUUAGCUUCAGAUGAUGAAAGUAGUAGUGCCCUGGAAGUUUCAGUUAUUGAAAAUCUGCCACCUGUUGAGACUGAGCACUCAGUUCCUGAGGACAUCUUUGACACAAGGCCCAUUUGGGAUGAGUCCAUUGAGACUCUGAUUGAACGCAUCCCUGAUGAAAAUGGCCAUGACCAUGCUGAAGAUCCACAGGAUGAGCAGGAACGGAUCGAGGAAAGGUUGGCUUAUAUUGCUGAUCACCUGGGCUUCAGCUGGACAGAGUUAGCAAGAGAACUGGAUUUCACUGAGGAGCAAAUUCAUCAAAUUCGAGUCGAGAACCCCAACUCCCUUCAAGACCAGAGCCAUGCUCUAUUGAAGUACUGGCUGGAAAGGGAUGGGAAACACGCCACAGAUACCAGCCUCAUCGAAUGUCUCACCAAGAUCAACCGAAUGGACAUUGUCCACCUCAUGGAGACCAGCACAGAGCCAGUUCAGGAGCGCAUCAGCCACAGCUAUGCAGAAAUCGAGCAGACCAUUACACUGGACCACAGUGAAGGGUUCUCAAUACUUCCGGAGGAGCUCUGCACCUCACAGCACAAGCAGCAGCGAGAGGAGCAAGCUGUUUCCAAAGAGCCCGAGGCUGCCGAUCAUCCUCCCAUCGUCUCUGAGGAAGAUAUUUCUGUGGGUUACUCCACUUUCCAGGAUUGUGUCCCCAAAACUGAGGGAGACAGCUCUGCAGCAGUUCUACCUGCCCAGAUGCACCAAGAGCAAGCUCAACAAGAUUUCUCAGGAAAAGCGCAGGACCUGCCUGAUGACCAGCAGGAAUACUUUGUGACAACCCCAGGUACAGAAAGAACAGAGGCUCAGGGGACCACAGCAGCACCAAGCUCUCCUAACAAGACCCCCGAAGAGAUCAGGACCCCUUCCGAGGAGGACAGACUGGACCUCCGGACCCCAACGUCCAGCGAACGGGAAGGCUCCCCCAUUGUGCAGGAACCUGAAGAGCCCCCCGAGCCCAGGGAGACGAGCUCCCCUCAGAAAACCAGCCUCAUGAUUGUGGAGUCAGGGCAGGACCAGCCGCAUACCUUUGAGGGACUCGACGGAGAUGCGGCUUUAGAAAAGGGAGAUGACAUGCCUGAGAUACCCCCAGAAAGUGUCACGGAAGAAGAGUAUGUGGAUGAGCACGGACACACUGUGGUGAAGAAGGUUACUAGGAAAAUCAUUAGGCGGUAUGUGUCCUCAGAGGGCGUGGAGAAAGAAGAGAUUCUGAUGCAAGGGACACCACAGGAGCCUGUGACCAUCGAGGAGGGAGAUGGAUAUUCCAAAGUGAUAAAGCGCAUUGUAUUGAAGAGUGACACCAACCAAUCGGAGGUAACCCUGUCUGAACCCAGCAUUCUGUCCAGCACCUCACAAUUUCAGGCUGAACCAGUAGAAGGCCGUAGAGUCAGCAAAGUUGUUAAAACCACUAUGGUCCGUGGAGAGAGGAUGGAGAAGCAGCUGGGGGACUCUAGCUUAGCCACUGACCUUCCUUCAGCCAAAGAUGACUUUGAAGAGGCUUUAAGUUACACAGGUAGCCACAUGAAAGUCCACCUCCCAAAUUUAGUAGAGAAGGAAAUCCUGAAAGAGGAUGGAUCCAUAAUUAAAAGGACAACAAUGAGUAAAGCCAGGACACAGAAGAGGGCUGUGGUGAAGGACCAGCGUGGGAAACGUGUUGAGCUGGAGCACCUGGAGGAUGUGCCAGAAGCACUGGGCCAGGAUGAUCUCCAGCAUGACCUCCAGAAACUCCUUCAGCAUUUCUGCCAGGAGGACCUGAAGAGAGCGGCCACAUGAGGAGCUGCUCACCCCACUCCAGUUGCCAGUGUGCACCUUCCCGUUUCCUUAGAGGAGUGAUCUCACUGGCCCAGUGUAUGGGAUCCCCUGACAUUUCCACUGUUAGAAAAUAUACAGCAUUUUCUUUUGGUUUUCUUUUUCCCCAUUCUCUAAUGAUAAGCUAAUUUGUGACCAAAGAUAGCACCCUUCGUUGUGGAUGCUGUAUCUGCUCCUUGGUGUGUCUGUGGGAACCUGGGACCCAGCCACCUCUGCUGUUCUUUGCUUCUGCUCAAGCUCCAUAGAAAUGCAUUGAUUGGAAGAACUUCAGCUGCAGAUCUCUUUUAGUGACGGCCCAGAGGAUUCCUUCCUCAGGAUAUCCAUGUACAAUGUAUAUAGCUGAAAUGCUCAGAUGAACAAUGUGUUAAAAAUCAAAACCACUGCCUACCAUAUCUACACUGGGCACCAUGGAAUGAAAAGUCUCUAGAAAUUGCUGAACAAUGGUUAAUAAAGAUAUUGCUAACACAAUCAAAUGAUUAAACAACACAGUUCUACUGUGAAAGAAGCACCACAGAACUACCACAUCCUUAGGACGUCCAGAGUAGCCAAUUGCUCUUAUUUAAAGAAGAGUCAAUAAUCCUGCAGAACUGGCCUCACUAUGAAGCUCCUGCUGGUGCUCGCCAGCCAUCAUCUAUGACUGUCUGGGGAAGGGGCAAAGGGAGCAGGAGGCAGACAGAUUGAGACAAUGAGGUAUUUAGCUGCAAAAAGCUACUUCCUGUGGCAUUCUAGCAUCUUCAGGUCUUUCUGAUUUUGGACAUGUUGGCAGGGUAUUUUAAAAGUUAUAACUACUGUACUUUUCCAGUUUCCCUUGCUGCUUUAGCAAACCACACUGUCUUACUGGUGGUACUUUCUUCCAGCCACUGCACUGUAGAUAAAUUCAAUGGUAACAAGAUUUACUCACUACAAAAAAAAAAAAAAAAAAAAGUUAAAUUCCUUUACCCUGUCAGUGUUUUUUUUUUUGUUUUGUUUUUUUUAGUUUUUCACUGCCCCCCCCAAGCUUUAUGUCUUCUCCAAUACCUGCAUGUGACAUUUAAAAAUCAAAGCCACAUAAACCCUUCUUCCGAUCACAGCAAUGGUUUUCAUUCUUUUUUGCCCUGAGUGAAAACUUUUCACCUUCCAGCGAGAUCUGUAUUUCGGCUUGCAGAUAUAGUUGAGAAAUCCUUUGAAAGUUUGGUUUUGGUUAAAAUUUUUGGUUUAUUUAUUUGAAAUCCAACUUAUUUGGAAAUUCUUAAGUGCGUUUGUGCACUUUUCUGUUUGUUUGUUUCAAAGAAGGGACUGGAGCAAUCUGAAUGAUUUCCACGUCCUGUUUCUUCUUCCUCUAGUGGUCAAAGCUGUGUAGCAUUUUAACAUAUAUAUUAUAUAUUCACAGAUAUAUUCAUAUAAACAGUAUACAUUUUGAACCAGUUAUUUGUUAAAGAAAAGUAUAUUCAAUGAAGAUGAAAUAAAAAGUCUAUCCUCCAGGGAUUGAACUUUUUCCAAUUCUAUCUGGUCUUUUCCUGUUGUGCAAAAAAUGACUCAUUGCUCCACAUGUCAGAAACCAAUGCGACAAACAAUUUCAAGUAACAUUGCCAAGAGAAAAAAAUAUUCCGGGAGGGAGGUUUCCCGUAAGUCAGAUCUCCUGAUCUGAAAAGGCUAGCACUUUGUGGCAGGAUAGGAAAUAGAGUGCUCUUUGGCAUCUGAAAGGAGAGAGGCCCAUGUGGACCUUUGUGAUACCCACCAAGGUCCUUUUGUCACAACCUCCACCUGGAGCCCAAGACAAGCAUUUCUGUUGUGUAAUUUGCAGUGCAGAUGAUGUCUGUGUAACAACAUAAUGGUUAUUCACCUUCCUUUGAUUUUUGAUUUUUGCUGUGUUAUCAAAAACUUGAAUACUGUGAGAAGAAGUGAAUUUUCAGUUGAUGAAUCAGCAUCUUGUUCCCAUGGUGAUAACACUAAUUGAAUAUAUCUAUGAGGGCAUGUAUUAGUUAAUGGAAAAAAAUACAACACUAACAAUACAUAGCUGCAAUGUUGUACAAUGGCUGAUUUAAUUCAAUAAAAUGUACAAGUGUUAAAUGUG